AUGUCGAUAUUUUCAGAAGAAAACAUGGAAAGGCUAGCGUCUCCUCAAGGCUGCCUCACGGAUUGGCAGAAGCAACGUCCUUGCCUCCCCUGCCGAUGCCCCCGUGCGCCUCACGUCAAGAUAAGUUUUUGUCUAAUAACCUGCCUUGUCGGACGCCACCACUUCUCACCUCUCGGGCCAGAAGCGGGGUUGGACGAAGUUCAGCAGCUUGGAGACGGCUCUGCCGUGACGAUUUCCAAAAUUGACAGGUGUCUGGAGAUCGAACGCCACAAGGAUGCCGGGUGGUAA